GAUCGAUCGAUCCAUGGCGACGGACGACGGCAAGGACGUGUCCCCUCCUCCCCGCCCUCCCCCACCUCCGGCCGCCAGGCCCGCGCUCCCGGGCGGCGCGGAGGAGUACGUGCGCGACUCCAUCGAGGCCUCCCUCGGCCUCCCCGUCCCGGACCGCUCGCUCCGCCUCAAGCUCGCCGCCUCCGAGGACCUGCGCCGUCGCCUCCAGGACCACGUCUUCGCGCUGGAGGAGGACCUCCACGCCGCCGCGCGCCGCAUCGACCUCCUCAAGAACGAGUCGUUGAUGAACGCGGAGGGGAUCCGGCGCUGCGUGGAGGAGAAGGAGGCCGUGGCGGCCGCGCGGGACCAGCUCGCCGCCCACGCCGCCAGGCUCGAGAAGGAGUGCGGCCUCUACGAGCGCGACCUCGAGCGCGCCAUGGAGUCCUGCGACGACCUCGCCAGGGAGAGCGACGACCUGCGCAAGCGACUCAGGGACGCCCCCGACGUUACUGCACUCAACAAAGAAGUGGAAGCCCUUCAGAGACACAAGGAGAUACUGAAGACCAAUCUGAACAAAGCAGAGGAGGAGGUUAAGUUGCUAUUCGAGGAGAACAGAGCUCUGGACGAAGCGAACAAGAGGCUGAUGCGCUUACUGGAGAAGGAGCAGAAGCAUCGGUCCGAGAGAAAGCACUCCGCCAGCAAUUCCACCAAGCAGAAGCGCAAGUCGUCGAGCCUGAAGGAGACGAGCCCGGUCGGCCUGGCCAUCGAUUUCAACAAUGCAGACGAGUCGAGGCAGCCCCUGUCCCCCUUGCAGCCAAACUCUCCGGACUGCAGGGUGCAUAAGAAGUGAAGCCGGGCGUCCGGACAUCCUGACAUUCUCUUGUGGGAUCGCGUAAACUGAAGUGAAGUGAGCAUCUACCCCUUAGCUAGGCAUCGGGGAGGGCCGUGACUUGCUACUUGCCUGAUUUAUAUCUGACUAACUUGGUGGGUUAAUUUGGUUGUUCUUGUCGGUAGAACCUCCUCGGUUAUAUGUAGCCCGCGUCUUCCAUCUUCCUCUUCCUCUUGUCUUGGUAGCUGCUGCCUGUGUCUGUCUGUCAUGAUCCUUUCAUGAGAAACAUUACGAGUAUUAUCUUACUAGUUUCAUGUCUGUGAUGAUGAGCAUGUAAGCAACUUCUUUGCGGUGCUAGUAUUAUUAUAUCUUACUAGCCGUAAGGAGAACCUGCUGCUGCUGCAAGAGCCUCUCCGUGUUGAAGCUCAUAGCAACUUAUCUUCAAUUUUCUCUGAA